UAAAAUUCCAGGACUUUCCAGGUUUUCCAGGACCCGUGCGAACCCUGUUACUUGUAAUAGAAAUAUUCUCUAUUCGGCUGAUCGUUGCGAAAGAGAAUAGAAAACGCGUUUGUGCCUUUGGAAUGCCAGCGCGUUUACUCUCACAGUGAAUCUCUACAGCUAGGGCUAAUAUGCCAAAGAUUUUCUCAUUUCCCUUUUUCCAUUUCCUGUUUACUAUUUCUGGUUUAUUACUUCCAGUUUACUACUUCCGGUUUACUGCCUCCAGUUCUAAAUCAACGUUUUUUCUUCCUAGUACCCGGAUGCACCCACCAACAACUACUGUCUCCUGGCAACUUUACCCAGAAACCACAGUUACAACUCAUUGUGAGUUUCCCAACUUCAAUAUGCAUCCGCAGUUCCGCAGCACAACCAAGGCUUCUCCUCUGUUGGAAGCGUAUCACUUCAAUUACAAACCCGCGAUACUCCCGUAUAUCAGCGGUGUGCCAUCUAUGGUGCCUACAGUGCCACUGAGUCAGACGAACAACAAGGCCAAACAAGACACGUGCAAGAAAUUGGCGUGUGAAAUCUGCAACAAGAUGUUCCUACGACCCUCUGCUCUGAAGGUGCACAUGCGGAUCCAUAGUGGAGACAGACCAUUUAAGUGUACACACUGCCCCCGAACCUUCACUCAGUCUGGUAACCUCACUGUGCAUCUGCGCAAGCACUCUGGAGAGAGGCCGUUCGCCUGUGCUAUCUGUCUAAAGAGAUUUUCUCAGUCUAAUUCCCUCCGAGUACACAUCAGGAGACACACAGGAGAGAAGCCUUAUCAGUGCAUGGAAUGCAAAAAGAGCUUUGCCGACAGGUGCGUUUAAUAUUCAUUGCAAUUAAAAAAUCGAUCACGUUUCUACAAUGGUCUUCACUCUUUUAGCCCAUAAAAACUGACGUCAUAUAUGCAUACCAUAAUUAGCUCUCGACCACAGAGAAUUCAUAUAGUCAUUAUAACAGCGGUUCAAUACAACGGUAACUACUCCGGUACUAACACCUAUUAGAGCAAAUGAUA